GCACCCGACUCCCUGCCGAGGGGAUUGCAUCCCGGCUGCCUCGGGAUGCCUCCAGCUGCCGCCGAGGGACCGGAGCCGGCACCGGGCGGGGGGGACGACGACGUGGGGGGGCUGCCCUGCCCCGGUCAGCAACCGGGUUGGAAAGCAAGUGCCAUUUAGCACUAAUUGGUCUAAACACGGGCGUUAUCAUAUGAAAUGGCAGACUGAUCUAAUAGGUGGAAUAAAAAGCAGAUUGGCGUGAGUCACUCCCUGCGAGCUGGGGGGAAACCACCCGGCACACGCUCCGAAAUGUCAGGAGCGUGCGGCAUCGCCGCUGCUCGCCGCCACUUGCAAAGGGGCUGAAACCAGCUAUUUGUAGGGUCGUAUCCCCUUCUUCCCUUUCCCGACACUCUCCCGCCCCAUUCCCGGUCCCCCUCCCCGCCAAAGCCUCUCCCGGAGCGCACCCACCUGUGGCGCCGGGCACGGGCGUGCGUGGGGGCAGCCUCGGAGGACACAUCGCAUUCAAAACGUUCAGCCUGUGCAUCGGAAACGUAUGAGUUUGUGGAAAGCUUGUUUGAAGUCUUCGUUCGACAUAGUAUAGAUGAUGGGGUUGAUGAGGGAGUUGAGAUAUCCAAGCCACGUGAAAAAGUCAAAGAUGGCCAUGUGAAACCAGCAAGCGUCCUUGCAAAUAGGCAACACCAGGCUGAUGAUGAAAAAGGGCAGCCAACAGACGAUGAAGGCUCCUAAAAUAAUCCCUAAAGUCUUUGUAGCUUUCCGCUCUCUAGCGGCUGUGAGCUUCUUUUUCUCCAGGAGGGCAUCCGAGACCUUCACCUUCACCUGGUUCAUGUACACGGGAGAGCCCGUUUCGCUGAAUCCCUCGGGGGCCUUGGAGUUUAUGGACGUGACGGAGGAGGACGACCCCGGGGAGUCUGUGAUUAACUGAGCCCGCGUUAGUCUUUUACCUGCUUUCUUUGGAGUCUGCUUCAAAAUCCGCGACCUGGCUUCCACGUAGAUCCUCCCGUAGAGGGCUAUCAGCAGCAGGGUGGGGAAGUAGAAGGCUCCCACCGUAGAGUACACGGUGUAGAGGACGUGGUCUGUGUUCACCACACAGUGAGAGACUUCCUCAGCCUUCGCCUGCCGCCAAAACAAAGGGGGCAUGGAGAUGCAGAUGGAGAAGACCCACACCAGAGCGAUCAUGCCCGCUGCCCGCUUGGGAGUCCGUUUUGUAGAGUACUCGACGGCGUCGGUGAUCGCCCAGUAGCGGUCCAGCGCGAUGACACAGAGGUGCAGGAUGGACGCUGUGCAACAGGUGAUGUCCGAGGACAGCCAGAUAUCGCAGACGACCUGGCCCAACGUCCACUUGCCGGUCACAGUGUACAUGGUGCUGAUGGGCAUGACGAGGAUGGAGACGAGAAGGUCGGUGACAGCCAGCGAGGCGAUGAGAUAGUUGGCCGGCGUGUGGAGUUUCCUCGUCUGGUAGACCGUGGCGAUGACAAAGGCGUUGGAGAGCACUGUGGCCAGGGUGACGAGCGCCAGGACGACGGCGAGCACGAUCUUCCCGGAGAGAGGGGUGGAAUCUUGGUAGAUCCCUUCCUCGGUGCUGCAGUUUCGGUACUGGACACCUAUCUCUAAUGACUGCUCUUCACACAAACUCCACUUAUAAAGCCAGAUUUCCACAUGCAGACUUCUUCGUUAUGUAAAACUUGAGCCGACUGCCUAAAACCAAGCAUACAAAUGACAUUCUGAACAUUUAGUUCUAGUCUUUUUAUUUCUGUUUACUUCUGUGCUGCAUUAUAACGAGAUACAUGGUUUUGUGUAUUGGGGAUUAUAAUUACUUGUGUCCACAGAGCAGCUCACCAGAGAAUAUAAUUAUUGCUUAUGUGUGGCUCAAGGCAAGAAUUAGACUGGAAAGUCUGACAUGCUCAUGACUCUUACAUUUUAAUUUGUCCAUCUCCUGGAAGCACCUAACAGACUACCUAUGCCUGUCCUAAUUUUUCAAUACAAAGAAAUUAAUCUCCUGCUUCCAUAUCCCUUUUUGUGAGGAAGAUAUUCACACCUGAGAAUGAAGUUCACCUUACUCACAAAGACACAGAGCUGUUGAACUGCCACCUGGUGCAGGGAUGGGCAUGGCACACAAGGCAAUGUGUGCAGCACAGCCAAUGUCACAGAAAUGUCUGAGGCCACAGAGACAUGACAGAUACUGCUGGGUACACAGGAAUGGAGGGCAUUCUAAUUUUUUGGGACAAUUCAAGCAAGGUCUUGGGGCAAGCUAGGUAUUUACUACAGCUGGGGAGAUUUAUUCAGGCUGGAGGUGACACAUCCUUUCCUCAUGCAGAUCAAGAUUCAGUUUGAUGUGGCCACUGAGGACUCCUUCAAAACAGAGGCUACCAGAGAGCCUGCACCGUGUGGUCUCUGUAGGUGUCGUGCAUGCCCAUCUAUUUCCAGGUCCAGAACUCAAAAGCGCUUUUAGCAUGGGAAGGUGUUGGACUACCCUUUACUCACCUACAGAAUGGGAGCAGAGGAAGGCUGCUGCCUGGCAUAAGUACCCGUUUCUGCGCUGUUACACCAGCCUGUGCACUGCUGACACUUCUAGUUUUUCCUAUUUUCUGUCUGGUGCAGUUUAAUUUCCUCAGAACUCUCAUGCUUCAGCACAAGUCUCCAGGCUUUAACACAGCAUAUCUGGAAAACCAGAUACCUCUUCUGAAACUCUUCUGGAUCAGGAAUAUAUGAACCCUAUGAAUUACUCAAGCCAGCUAGAAGACUCUGGAUGUGAUGUCUCUAAUGACUAUGCAUUUGAUUCUUUAGGCAUAGCUUCUGAUUUUCACCAAUCUGAACAUAAUGUUGACACUUCUAAACGUUUGUUGGAAAGAGUUCCCCCAUUGAGUGUAUGCAGUACUAGCAAAGAGAAGUCUUUGACUGCUCCAGUGCAGUUUUUGCAACAUCUCCUUGAAAUAAGAAAACUGUCAGAAGGAGGAAUUCUUCAAGCAGACUUCACAGAGCUUGAGAAUGAUUCUUUCACCAUAUGCAAUUCAGUGUCUCAGUUGCUUGAUGGACUGACUGUUUUUUAUAACAGUCCUAAAUUUCCAGUUUCAAAUUUUCUUACUGAAGCAGUUUCUGUUUUGAUCAGUUUCAUAACUAAUAAUGAAUUAUCUAAUCAUGUUUUGAAGAAGUGUUUCAAGAAGCUGGAAGAAUUUAAGAAAAAUCUAAUACAGAUUAUUUUAAGAAACAGCAGUGUCAAUAGGAUCCAGGCCAUGUAUGACAUUACCCAGUAUGAGAAUAUUUUUCCUUUGUGUAUGAUUCUGGAACAACUUCUUCAAAAUGAGACAGAAGAAAGUAACGUUUCAAGUGCAGACUAUGAUGGAGAAGAAAAAAUCAAAUUUCUGAAGAACCUUGAUCAAAUUAUUCUUCGUCUUUCAGAUGAAUUCCCUUUGUAUUCUUUGUUUCUAUGGAGAGUGAGUGUUCUUUUGAACUCUGCUCAAAUACAAAUUGAUUAAAACAAGCAGCCUACUUUUUAACAGUGCAUUUGUUACAGGAUUACUUUGGAAAUUUUUGAGCCAGACAGGAAAAUUGUUGUUAUUAGAAAACAUUUACUUUAAACUACUAUGCUAUCCAGCAGUUUCAGAGAUAAUGCAAUUUAUUUCCAAUUUUAAAUACAGAAAAAAUGUAAUAAUCCA